CGCCUGAAACCCGGAAGUGAGCGCGGCGGCGGCGAAGCGCGGAGAAACUGAGGCGCCGCGGGCUCCGCGCCCGGCCGGACCCGGGUCCGAGGUCAUGAUGCCACCCCCGCGGAGCAAGAAGCCCAGAUAGACGCCCCCGCGGCCCGGGUCGAGGAGCCGCCCGAUGCUGGCAGUGGGGCCCGCCAUGGACGGGGAGUUCCCUCAGCACGAGCCCCCGCCGACGGGCAGCGUCCUGUACAGCCCGCCGCCUCUGCAGACCCCGCUGUGCGGGUCCAGCGUCCAGAACGCCAUGCUGCACUGCCCGUGCUGGCACCCCUUCUCGGCCUCGCAAUAUCCAGCCUUCUCCAGCGAAAGCCACCAGUUCAUGAACUCCGCCUCCUUCCUCGUGGGCCAGCCCUGUGCGGACACCAGCUACGGCCCCACGGCCGCCACCCCCAGCUUCCUGCCAAAGAGCGCAGACUUUCCUCAGGACUCCUCGUUCCUUGACGACCUCUCCAAUGCCUCCAUCUUCUCCUCGUCCGUGGACUCCCUCUCAGACAUCGCCGACACCCCUGACUUCCUGCCCGCUGACAGCCUCAGCCAGGUGCCCACCAUCUGGGACGUGAGCACCGGCCCCUCUGCCCACGACAAGCUGUUCCUGCCCAGUGGGUCAUUUACGGGCUUCCAGGACCCUGUGCCCUCCCUCCCCAGCACCCCACUCCUCAUCAGCUACCAGUCUCAGAGUCAGCCCGAGGAGGAGGAUGAGGCCGAGGAGGACGAGGCGGAGGAGCUGGGCCACACGGAGACCUACGCUGACUAUGUGCCCUCCAAGUCCAAGAUCGGGAAGCAGCACCCGGACCGCGUGGUGGAGACCAGCACGUUGUCCAGCGUCCCGCCGCCGGACAUCACCUACACCCUCGCCCUGCCCGCCUCGGACAGUGGGACCCUGUCCGCCCUGCAGCUGGAGGCCAUCACCUACGCGUGCCAGCAACACGAGGUCCUGCUCCCGGGCGGGCAGCGCGCCGGCUUCCUCAUCGGCGAUGGCGCGGGCGUGGGCAAGGGCCGCACGGUGGCCGGCAUCAUCCUGGAGAACUACCUGCGCGGCAGGAAGAAGUCCCUGUGGUUCAGCGUCUCCAACGACCUCAAGUACGACGCGGAGCGCGACCUGCGCGACAUCGAGGCCCCCUGCAUCGCGGUGCACGCGCUCAGCAAGAUCAAGUACGGCGACAACACUACCUCAGAGGGCGUCCUGUUUGCCACCUACUCCGCCCUGAUCGGGGAGAGCCAGGCCGGCGGCCAGCACCGCACGCGCAUCCGCCAGAUCCUCGAGUGGUGCGGGGAGGCCUUCGACGGCGUCAUCGUGUUUGACGAGUGUCACAAAGCCAAGAAUGCCAGCUCCACCAAAAUGGGCAAGGCCGUGCUGGACCUGCAGAACAAGCUGCCCCUGGCCAGGGUGGUCUAUGCCAGCGCCACAGGUGCCUCCGAGCCCCGGAACAUGAUCUACAUGAGCCGCCUGGGCAUCUGGGGUGAGGGCACACCCUUCCGGACCUUUGAGGAGUUUCUGCAUGCCAUCGAGAAGAGGGGCGUGGGCGCCAUGGAGAUCGUGGCCAUGGACAUGAAGGUCAGCGGCAUGUACAUCGCCCGCCAGCUCAGCUUCUCUGGCGUCACCUUCCGCAUCGAGGAGAUCCCGCUGGCCCCAGCCUUCGAGCGCGUCUACAACCACGCGGCCCUGCUGUGGGCCGAGGCCCUGAGCGUGUUCCAGCAGGCGGCCGACUGGAUCGGCCUGGAAUCCCGCAAGUCGCUGUGGGGUCAGUUCUGGUCAGCCCACCAGCGCUUCUUCAAGUACCUGUGCGUGGCCGCCAAGGUGCGCCGGCUGGUGGAGCUGGCCCGCGAGGAGCUGGCCCGGGACAAGUGCGUGGUGAUCGGGCUGCAGUCCACGGGUGAGGCUCGGACCCGGGAGGUGCUGGACGAGAAGGACGGGCAACUCGACUGCUUCGUCUCGGCUGCUGAGGGUGUCUUCCUGUCUCUGAUUCAGAAGCACUUUCCUUCAACCAAAAGAAAGCGAGAGAGAGGAGCCGGCAGCAAGAGAAAACGGCGGCCACGGGGCCGUGGGGCCAAGGCGCCCCGGCUGGUGUGCGAGGUGGCGGGCGUGAUCCGCAUCAGCGACGACAGCAGCACUGAGUCGGAUGCCGGCCUGGACAGCGACUUUCACUCCUCCCCCGAGUCCCUGGUGGACGACGACGUGGUCAUCGUGGACGCCAUCGGGCUCCCGGCUGACGACCGCGGCUCGCUGUGCCCCCCGCAGCGGGACCUGCACGGCCCUGGUGUCCUGGAGCACGUGGAGCGGCUGAAGCAGGACCUGCUGGCCAAGGUGCGGGCGCUGGGCCGCGAGCUGCCGCUCAACACCCUGGACGAGCUCGUCGACCAGCUGGGGGGCCCUGAGUGCGUGGCCGAGAUGACCGGCAGGAAGGGCCGCGUGGUGUCCAGGCCGGACGGGACCGUGGCCUUCGAGUCUCGGGCGGAGCAGGGCCUCUCCAUCGACCACGUGAACCUCAGGGAGAAGGAGCGUUUCAUGAGCGGGGAGAAGCUCGUGGCCAUCAUCUCGGAGGCCUCCAGCUCCGGCGUCUCCCUCCAAGCCGACCGCCGGGUCCAGAACCAGCGGCGCCGGGUCCACAUGACGCUCGAGCUGCCCUGGAGCGCGGACCGCGCCAUCCAGCAGUUCGGCCGCACCCACCGGUCCAACCAGGUCUCGGCGCCCGAGUACGUGUUCCUCAUCUCCGAGCUGGCCGGGGAGCGCAGGUUUGCCUCCAUCGUCGCCAAGCGGCUGGAGAGCCUGGGGGCUCUGACCCACGGGGACCGCCGCGCCACCGAGUCCCGAGACCUGAGCAAGUACAACUUUGAGAACAAGUACGGUGCCCGGGCCCUCAACUGUGUCCUCACCACCAUCCUGAGCCAGACGGAGAACAAGGUGCCGCUGCCCCGGGGCUACCCUGGAGGGGACGCCGCCUUCUUCCGCGACAUGAAGCAGGGCCUGCUCUCGGUCGGCAUUGUCGGGCGCGAGUCCAGGUCCGGCGGCCUGGACGUGGAGAGGGACUGCUCCAUCACCAAGUUCCUGAACCGCAUCUUGGGGCUGGAGGUGCACAAGCAGAACGCGCUGUUCCAGUAUUUCUCUGACACCUUCGACCACCUCAUCGAGGUGGACAAGAAGGAGGGCAAAUACGACAUGGGCAUCUUGGACCUGGCUCCGGGCAUCGACGAGAUCUACGAGGAGAGCCAGCAGGUGUUCCUGGCCCCCGGGCACCCGCAGGACGGGCAGGUGGUCUUCUACAAGAUCAGCGUGGAUCGCGGCCUCAGGUGGGACGAGGCCUACGCCAGGUCGCUGGAGCUGACGGGCGCCCACGACGGCUUCUACCUCUCCCACAAGGUUCGCGGCAACAAGCCGAGCUGCCUCCUGGCCGAGCAGAACCGCGGGAAGCUCUUCACCGUCUACAAGCCCAACAUCGGGCGGCAGAGCCAGCCAGAGACCCUCGACGGGCUCUGCCGGAAGUUCCACCGGGUGGCGGCGGAGGAGGCCCGCGAGCACUGGGAGAGCAGCUACAGCUUCUCGCUGACGCACUGCAGCCACACGUUGUGGAACCGGCCGUGCCGGCUGGUGCAGGAGGGCAAGGACUGCGUGCAGGGCCUGCGGCUGCGCCACCACUACAUGCUGUGCGGGGCCCUGCUGCGCGUGUGGGGCCGCAUCGCCGCCGUCAUGGCCGACGUCACGAGCAGCAGCUACCUGCAGAUCGUGCGCCUCAAGACCAAGGAUAAGAAGAAGCAAGUCGGCAUCAAGAUCCCCGAGGGCUGCGUGCGCCGCGUGCUGCAGGAGCUGCGGCUCAUGGACGCCGACGUGAAGCGCAGGAACGCGCAGGGCCGCGGCUUCCCGCCGCCGCCGCCGCCGCCGCCGCGCACGCCCACCCUGGGCCCGCUCGCGCUGUCCGUGGGCCCCGGCGAGGUGCUGGACCUCACCUACAGCCCGCCGGCGCCGGCCUUCCCGCCGCCCUCGCCCUUCGCCUUCCCGCCGGCCCCGGACGCCGGCCCCGGCCCCGCUGGCCUGCUGCUGGGCGCCCCCGAUGCGCCGGCCGACCCCGCGGCGCUCGUGCACCAGGGCUGCGACAUCAACUUCAAGGAGGUCCUGGAGGACAUGCUGCGCUCGCUCAACGCCGUGCCGCCCGCCGAGCCCCCCGGUCCGCUGGGCGCCGGCGCGGGGGUGGCGGGGGGCGGGGCGGGCCCCGAGCGCCAGAGCGUCAUCCACUUCAGCCCCCACUUCCCCAAUUCCUAGGCCCGGACGAAACCUAUUUAUCUGUAGUACUGCGUCUGCACAGGCGCUGUCUUCUCCCACCGAGGCGGGGGUGAUCGAGGGUGAGCAGGGCCCAGGCCUCCUGCCGACUACUGAGAGAAGGGGGGCGGGGGCGCCCUCCUCCAGCCUCCAGGCCUCACUGCAGUGCCUUCCCGGCCGUGCCUGCCUAGGCAGACCCCCCCGGAAGCUGCCGGCCCUGUGGGGCGCCCCCUGCCUGGUGAGGCGGCGGUGCGUGCAGGUCCCACUCAGGACGAUGCGGGG